AUGGAGAACUAUUCAGUAGAAAAUGCACAAUCGGUGUCCGGAUCUAGGCACACAUCUGCUUCCAAGUGCUCAGUAGCUGGUGGGCCCGCAAGAGCCAGAGCUGUAGCUAAAGCCGCGCACGCCAGAGCUGCAUUUGCACAACAAGAGCUAGAAAUAAAGAAGCAGAAAGCUAGAUUGGCUCUGGAAAAGGCUUCAUUGGAAGCAAGCUUGCAAGCCCUUGGACUUGAAAAAACAGCGGCUGCUGCCAAUGCAGAGCCUAAAGUCUUAGAAGCGGCAGCAGAAAUGGAGUGUGAGGACAUGCUUAGUCCAAGGAGUGGCGUCACACCUCUGGAGGUACAGCAGUGGACGGAGACGUACGUGGAACAACUGGCACAGAACCUACAAGAGAAAUGGCUUUCUGCUGGUUCCAGAUAUAAAGAACAUCACAAAGUCUGCUUUCCCCCAUUCUCUUUCUUUGCUGACUUUGUCCGAGGUGAAGCAAAGGCCAGGAAUGACCCCAGCUUUAUCCUGACCAACAACAACCAUGGUCAUCACCGCAACGAGAGAGCUGCAGGAAGACACGAGGGUACGAGGACUGCCAUAUCUGUCCACAAAACCGACGUGGCUGCAAAAGCCGACGAACGUGAAAAAGAGAAUGAGCUUUUUACUGACUUCACUGCUGACUACGAAAAUGUCUCAUACAUCUACCCUGAUGGUGACUACACUUGUGACGGUGAAGAAGAGUCUAUGCACCUGUAUAAUACAGUAUUACAGCCCCUCUUUUACAGCAUGGUAUUUCUCCUGGGCCUCAUAGGAAACGGUGUCCUCCUGAUGGUCCUCCUCCAGCGUCGUGCUCACCUCCGGAUGACUGAAAUCUACCUGUUACAUCUGGCUGUGGCUGACUUGCUUCUGCUCUUUACCCUGCCAUUUGCCAUUACUCAGUUGCUGACCAGCUGGGUUUUUGGCAAUUUUAUGUGCAAGCUGAUAGGCAUGCUGAACUACCUGAACCAACUGUGUGGAAGUCUGCUUUUGGCAUUCAUCAGCUUUGAUCGCUACCUCGCCAUUGUGCAUGCCAUCUCCAGUCUCCAUACCCGACGGCCCCAGUGUGUCCACCUCAUCUGUGCUCUGCUCUGGCUCUUCUGUAUGGGUAUUUCAAUGCCCAACAUGGUGUUUCUCUCUGUUGCACCGAGCAGGAAUGACUCAAAUAACAUACAGUGCUUUUUUAACAACCAUGGCAUUCAUGCUCACCACUGGCUACUCAUUAGUCGAUUGCUAACUAACCUGUUGUGCUUCUUCUUGCCUAUGGUUAUCAUGAGUUACUGUUACAUCACUAUAGUAAUCACCCUUUACCACAGUCAGCAGAGCCUUGAAAAGCAGGGGGCUAUUCGCCUAGCCAUAGUGGUGACCCUGGUUUUCUGCUUGUUCUGGCUACCCUUUAACAUCACCCUCUUUGUGGACACUUUGAUAAGGCUGGACAUUGUGACACAGACAACCUGCCUGGCUCGCAGUACAUUGGCUCAGGGCUUGCUGGUGACUCAGAGCAUUGGCGUAAUCCACUGCUGCCUUAAUCCAAUCCUGUAUGCCUUUGUAGGAGUGAGGUUCAGAAAGGAUCUUUUAAGAUUUUUGACAAAACAUGUGCCCUUCUGUGGCUCUGCGCUAUGUGGCAGAUGGUUUAGAAGCAUGUCUGUUUCAGAAAUGGCUACCAGCACCACAAGUACUCAAUACAUAUAA